GCCAUGAAUUGUGGGGGACUCUCCACUCCAAAGCCAGCCACCCCCGAAGUUCAAGGCAUUGCUAACCAGGUGAAAGGCGAGCUGGAGAAGGCAGCGAACAAGAGGUUUUUCAUCUACAGGGCCAUUUUGUUCUGCGAACAGUUGGUGGCUGGCAUGAACUACUUUGUCAAGAUGCAAUGUGGCGACAAACCGAAAGAUUACGUCCAUCUGAGGAUCUUCGAGGCCCUGCCGGUUUAUGGUGGAAAGAUUGAGCUCUCCAGCUUCCAGCUGGACAAGACCAAGGAUGACCCCAUCAUCUACUUCUAGACACAGCAGUCUGCCUCCGCGCAGAAGAGCGGAGCAGCAAUAAGAGGAGCGCGUC